AUGGUGUCCCUUUUGGCCCCCGCCCUCGCCCUCCUGUGUACGGCUGCGCCGUCCGUCCUCGCCGCCCCGACCAAGUACCAGUACUCCCAGCUCGACCUCGCGAGUGUCCCGGCCCACGUCAGGCGUGACCUCACGUGGAGUCUGCAGAUGGGAUACUCUGGCCAGACCUUCUUUGACGGCUUUGACUUCUUCACCGAGCCCGACCCGAGCCAUGGUUCGGUGACCUAUGUGAACAAGUCGCAGGCGUUUGGCGAGGGCCUCGCGUUCUGGACGGCCGAUGGUAUUCCGGGCAUCCAGGCCGAGCACUGGGCCACCACCAACGUGGGCGACGCGCGCAACUCGGUGCGCAUCACGUCCAAGGCCCUGUAUACCGGCGGCCUGUUCAUCUUCGACGUCGCACUCAUGCCCUGGGGCUGUGGCGUGUGGCCUGCGAUCUGGACGCUCGGAUACGAAGGUACCUGGCCGACGACGGGCGAGAUUGACAUUGUCGAGGGCGUGCAGGACAUGACUGCAAACCAGAUGACGGUCCACACCACCCCGGGAUGCACCAUUGCCCAGAACACGUCCCUGUAUACGGGCGGCAUGAUUUCGAGCGACUGCGACUCCAGCACCGGCGGUGCCGGCUGCAGCAUUGUUUCCGACACGAACAACACCUUCGGCCCGUCGUUCAACGACAACGGUGGUGGCGUGUACGCCAUGCUCUGGGACGGCGACGGCGUUCGCAUUUGGAACUUUCUCCGCGCAAACGUCCCGUCCGACAUCACCUCUGGCGUCCCCACCCCUUCGACCUGGGGCCUCCCCGCUGCGGCUUUUGAUCGCACCCUGUGUGACCCGUACACCUUCUUCCAGUCGCAGGUGCUCAUCCUCAACGUCAACCUUUGUGGCGACUGGGCAGGCACCACGUACAGCAACUAUGCAUACUGCCCCGGAACGUGUGCCGAGCGGAUUGCCAACCCGGCCAACCUCGUCAACACGGUCAUGCUCGUCAACUCGAUCAAGAUCUACCAGCAGUCGGGCUUUGAGGCUAUUGUCGGCGAGGCCAUGACCAACUCGAACCAGACCGGAGCGGCCGGUGCCGUCGCGCUCAACACGACCAAGAGCAACUCGACCUCGUCCUCGUCCUCGUCCUCGUCCUCCAAGACCUCUGGCAGCUCCAAGUCGAGCACGGGCGGUAUCGCCCGCGUGGGCGACACCCUCGUCCUCACCUACGCGACUGUUGCGGCUGUGAUGGUUUCCAUGCUGCUUUAA